CCUUUCCCCCUUCGUACUGAGGAAGGCGUAUGCGGGGCUUCCCUGGGGGCCGGAGCACCCUCCCCGGAAGCGGAGGGUGAGGAGCCGUUGGUUUGGCCAAGCCCGGGUCCCACACGCGGCCCUUCCAGGCUUCCUCCCAGCGGGCUACGGGGGGCACCUGCCGGGUCGUAUGUGGUGGCAGGGGAGAAGGCUCGUACCUGUUCUGCUGCCUCAGACAAAGCAGAGCUUCACCAUGCGGCGCCGGCGGUGCCUGUGGAUACUGGGGCAAGGGACGGAUGUGGCCCCGUCUGAGCCGCUGGAAUGUUCUCACGGGCACCAGCUGCCGUCCUGAAAAGCCUCCAUUUCCUGUGACGGCAUCAUAGUUUGCAAGCUUUCUUCGCUAACGCAGAUUAUCUGUUCAGACUUUCUUUCAAGUGCAUGGAGCUGGAAACCCUACAGAGAGGGUCCGCGUCCGAGGGAGAGGGAAGGGGCAAGGCAGGAGCCCCGGGAAAGCAAGGCCAGGCCCGCACCGCCCCCCAGACGGCGCAGGGGAAGGGCCUCGUGGCGGCCUGUGUGGGGGGACGGAGCAGGCGGGCCCUGGGUCCUGGCUGGUGGGUGGCUGAGGCUGGCAGGAGCAGGUGCUCUGAAACACAGAGGAAGUGGGAUGAGCAUUGGAUGGGAACGCGGGGAGUCUCUUCCGGUCUCCCCACUAAUCUACCCCAAUUUCUGAAGUUCCCGUCCUAAAUUUGACAAAUGAGGCACCUGAAGCUUUCCGACCAACUCUGAAUUAUCUGGCGGCACCGAGGAGCCCAGGGGAAAGACACGGAGACUUACUGUUGGUGGGGCGGGCGCACCAGGGACCUGAGGGUUUGGAAAGGGAGAGAGUAGGAAGAUCGUGGUUCUGUUGGGAAUCUGGGUGAAAAACAAACAGACAGCCCACAGACACUGGCCACGAUCUAUGACAACCUGAGACAACUGUUUAAUAAGAAGGUCAACCUCGCGUUGGGAUUCGGCGGGGAGAGGAGUUGAUGGGGGGGGAGGGGUCUGGAGGGUGAGCCUGGGCUCUGUGGAAGGAGCCGGGGGGCUUGCACGGGGUGGGGGGUCUCCAGGGGAAGCAAACGACGGAGGCAGCACGAUCCCCUGGAGGGGACCUCGGUCCCCAGCGGGGGGGGGGGGGGGUACGUGCAGGGACAUUCGUGGAGGAGCAGAUGGCUCCGUCAGCAUUGCCACCCCUCCCUGGGCCUGGCCUGCACGGGCCCCAACACGGCCGAUCGGUGGCUCUUGCCCUGUGGAUCCUGUAGGGUCACCGGAUAAGCGAAACACAGCAGUGAUCACCUCUGUAAGGUCAAAGUCGCGGCGAGGGAGAAUCGCAGGUGCUGUUAGAACGGUUACGAGGCCUUAGUUUGGACCGGCGGACCAGGAAACCCGUCCCCGGAGAUGUGCCAGUUACCUCAGACGUGAAGAAUGAGUAGGAGUGAGCCCACGGCAGAGCCCGGGGGGGCCCCAGGCGCAGGGAGGAGCCUGUGGGAGGCCGGGGCAGGAAGGCGCUGGGUGCUUCUGGGAACUAGUGGGAGGCCACAGAGGCCUGAGAGGUCAGCGAGGGGGAGGUGGACAGAGGAGCCGCUGGGCUUGCUUUCGUCCCGGGGACAGCGGGAGGCCAUCGGCCUUCAGGGUGACCGACGAUAUGAUUGGGUCCCAGUUCUCCAUGAAGCUCCCUCUGCAGCGUGGGACGUGGAGGCCGGCCGCGGGGGAGCAGGAAGAGUCUUCGGGGGCCCUCGCCGCCUUCCAGGAGGGAGGAGGGGGGGUGUGUGGGGCUGCUGGCCCCCGGGCGGGACGAGCGCGUCUCUGACCACCGUGUUCUGAGAUGUGGGAGGCCCAGGAGGGCCCCGUUGGGCAGGGAAGCCAGGAAUGGCCCGGCGCUCGCUUCUGGCAUGUCCGGCUGCUUGUGGCCUCCAGGCGAAGGUGUGGGGGCAGCUGGACAUCCACAUCGGACUCCUCGGAGCAGUACCAGCCGCCGAUGGUCUGCACGUAGGCGUGGAAGCAGGUGUGGCUGCCCGGGGAGGGGUCCUCCGGAGGAGCGGUGAGAAGGGGCGCGGGCUGUGCCCCAGGAGAGCCCAGACUAGAUGGAGAGGAGGAGGACCCCCCCCCCCGCAGGGGAGUGGCUGGGGAGGACAGUGGCUGGCCGAGUCCCAGGUGACCAGCCAGGUGAGGUGAAGAAAAGAUGCCUGUCCACGGCCAGAGCAAGUGGAAGAGGAGGCACGGGACGAGCGCGCAUGGGCGCCAUUUACGGCUCUACAGAAGGAGCCUCACGGGAGCCACGAUCCCAGCCCCCUGGGAACCUCUCAUGCUGGUCCCUCAGUGUGCUCGGAGACCAGAGUUCCGGUUUCCAGCUGCCCAGCGAAAGCCACACACGCUGUUUUCAUUGGAAUCUGGCCCCAACCCGCACACUGUGCUUAAUGUCGCUUCUACGGGGCUCCUAGAGGGGCUCAGUCGGCUAAGCGUCCAACUCCUGAAUUCAGCUCAGGUGUCCGCAAUGGCUGAAGACGGGAGUGAGAUCAUGUUCAUCUGGUGUGAGGACUGCGGUCAGUACCACGACUCCGAGUGUCCCGAGCUGGGCCCCGUGGUCAUGGUCAAGGACUCCUUUGUGUUAAGCAGGGCACGGUCCUCCCUCCCUUCCAACCUGGAGAUCCGGCGGCUGGAAGACGGGGCCGAAGGAGUGUUUGCCGUGACUCAGCUCGUCAAGAGAACACAGUUCGGUCCGUUCGAGUCGAGGAGAGUGGCCAAAUGGGAGAAGGAAUCCGCGUUUCCCCUGAAGGUGUUCCAGAAGGACGGGCACCCCGUGUGCUUCGACACCUCCAACGAGGACGACUGCAACUGGAUGAUGCUGGUGCGUCCGGCGGCGGGGCCCGAGCACCAAAACCUGACGGCCUUCCAGCACGGCAACGACGUCUACUUCACCACGUCGCGGGACAUCCCGCCGGGCGCCGAGCUGCGUGUGUGGUACGCCGCCUUCUACGCCAAGAAGAUGGACAAGCCCAUGCUGAAGCAGGCCUGCCCCGGGGCCCACGCUGCAGGCACCCCGGAGAGCAGCGCCGCGGUGGAGUCCGAGCCCAGCCAGUGGGUGUGCAAAGUGUGUUCCGCCAGCUUCCUGGAGCUGCAGCUGCUGAACGAACACCUGUUGGGACACUUGGAACAAGCCAAGAGCCUGCCCCCGGCCAGCCAGCACGAAGCAGCGCCCGAGAAGGAACCAGAUGUGCCCCGGGGGGAGCCUCCUGCGGUUCCCAAGAGUGUCAGUGCCACCAAAGAGCAGAAGAAAAAGCCUCGAAGGGGAAGAAAACCCAAAGCAUCAAAACCUGAGCAGCCUCUAGACAUCAUAGAAGGCAAGGAGCCGCCAGAGCCAGUGGCCGAGAUCGUUACCGAGGUCCCGCCGGACGAGCCCGUGGCCGCGGCACCAGACGACCGCAUCAUGGAGCUGGUCCUGGGGAAGCUGGCCGCCAGCCCCAGCGACACCGGCUCCGUGCCCAAGUUCCCGCACCAUCAGAGCACCACCAUCACCCUCAAGAGGAGCCUGAUUCUGUCGAGCCGGCACGGCAUCCGGAGGAAGCUCGUCAGGCAGCUGGGCGAGCACAGGCGGGUCUACCAGUGCAGCAUCUGCAGCAAGGUCUUCCAGAACAGCAGCAACCUGAGCAGGCACGUGCGCUCGCAUGGCGACAAGCUGUUUAAGUGUGAGGAAUGUGCCAAGCUGUUCAGCCGCAAGGAGAGCCUGAAGCAGCACGUCUCCUACAAGCACAGCAGGAACGAGGUGGACGGCGAGUACAGGUACCGGUGCGGCACCUGUGAGAAGACCUUCCGCAUCGAGAGCGCGCUGGAGUUCCACAACUGCAGGACAGAUGACAAGACGUUCCAGUGUGAGAUGUGUUUCAGAUUCUUCUCCACCAACAGCAACCUCUCCAAGCACAAGAAGAAGCACGGGGACAAGAAGUUCGCCUGCGAGGUCUGCAGCAAAAUGUUCUACCGCAAGGACGUCAUGCUGGACCACCAGAGGCGGCACCUGGAAGGAGUGCGGCGGGUGAAGCGGGAAGACCUGGACGCCGGUGGCGAGAACCUGGUCCGCUACAAGAAGGAGCCCUCAGGAUGCCCCGUGUGCGGCAAGGUGUUCUCCUGCAGAAGCAACAUGAACAAGCACCUGCUGACCCACGGCGACAAGAAGUACACCUGCGAGAUCUGCGGCCGCAAGUUCUUCCGCGUGGACGUGCUCAGGGACCACAUCCAUGUCCACUUCAAGGACAUCGCGCUGAUGGACGACCACCAGCGGGAGGAGUUUAUCGGCAAGAUCGGCAUCUCCUCGGAAGAGAACGAAGACAACUCAGACACGAGCGCGGACUCGGAGCCUCACAAGUACAGCUGCAAGCGGUGCCAGCUGACCUUCGGCCGGGGGAAGGAGUACCUGAAGCACAUCAUGGAGGUCCACAAGGAGAAGGGCUACGGCUGCAGCAUCUGCAACCGCCGCUUCGCCCUCAAGGCCACGUACCACGCGCACAUGGUCAUCCACCGCGAGAACCUGCCGGACCCCAACGUGCAGAAGUACAUCCACCCGUGUGAGAUCUGCGGGCGCAUCUUCAACAGCAUCGGGAAUCUGGAGCGGCACAAACUCAUCCACACGGGUGUCAAGAGCCACGCGUGCGAGCAGUGCGGGAAGUCCUUCGCGCGGAAGGACAUGCUGAAGGAGCACAUGCGCGUGCACGACAACAUCCGGGAGUACCUGUGUGCCGAGUGCGGGAAAGGCAUGAAGACCAAGCACGCUCUGCGUCACCACAUGAAGCUGCACAAGGGCAUCAAGGAGUAUGAGUGCAAGGAGUGCCACCGCAAGUUUGCGCAGAAGGUCAACAUGCUGAAGCACUACAAGCGGCACACGGGGAUUAAAGAUUUCAUGUGUGAGCUGUGCGGGAAGACCUUCAGCGAGAGGAACACGAUGGAGACCCACAAGCUCAUCCACACAGUGGGCAAGCAGUGGACGUGCUCCGUGUGCGACAAGAAGUACGUCACCGAGUAUAUGCUGCAGAAGCACGUGCAGCUCACGCACGACAAAGUGGAGGCGCAGAGCUGCCAGCUGUGCGGGACCAAGGUGUCCACCAGGGCCUCCAUGAGCAGACACAUCCGGCGCAAACACCCGGAGGUCCUGGCCGUGAGAAUCGACGACCUGGACCCCCUGCCGGAGACCACCACCGUCGACGCCUCCUCCAUUGGCAUCGUCCAGCCUGAACUGAGUCUGGAGCAGGAGGAGCUGGCCGAGGGGAAGCACGGGAAAGCCGCCAGGAGAGCCCACAAGAGGAAGCAGAAGCUGGAGGCAGAGGCGGCGGGCGCCCCGGGGCCAGAGGAGGCCACCUUCAGCGAGUACACGGAGAAGGAGCCCGUGCUGUCGGGCGUGGGGGACGAAACGGACUCCGCGGUACAGAGUAUCCAGCAGGUGGUCGUGACCCUGGGGGAUCCGAAUGUGACCACCCCGUCGAGCUCAGUGGGCCUGACCAACAUCACCGUGACCCCCAUCACCACUGCCGCCGGGACUCAGUUCACCAGCCUCCAGCCCGUGGCCGUCGGGCACCUGACCACCCCGGAGCGCCAGCUGCAGCUGGACAACUCAAUCCUGACCGUGACCUUUGACACCGUCAGUGGCUCUGCCAUGCUGCACAACCGGCAGAACGACAUCCAGAUCCACCCCCAGCCCGAGGCCACGAACCCGCAGUCGGUGGCGCACUUCAUCAAUCUGACCACGCUGGUCAACUCCAUCACGCCCCUGGGCAGCCAGCUCGGUGACCAGCACCCGCUGACGUGGCGGGCGGUGCCGCAGACGGACGUGCUGCCGCCCCCCCAGCCGCAGGCGCCUCCCCCACAGGCGCCGCCGCCGCAGGUGCCGGCCGAGCCCCAGCCGCAGAUGUACAGCUACUGA